AUGCAGCCUGUUAUCAUAGAGAACGGUAGCGCAUGCGGAUGUCGAUUUGGUCGUCAGUGGCGCAUUCCAUGUGCGCAUAUGGUGCACUUUGCCAGCCUGCAUGCAUACGACUAUGACGUUGUUCUUCUUGGUAGCGAUUGUGUGCUGCGAAAAGGAAAUGUUGGAGCGGCGGACCUGUCGGAGGCCACAGAUGGCACAGUGACGGACACGCAGAUGCCAUCCCAUAGUGAUGGGGUCAUUGACGGCACUGGGAAAAUGCGCAUCGCUCGUGAUAUGUUCGGUGACUUGGAGGUACCUUUGUUGAAUAUGUGCACGGAGGAGUUCUUACGCAGUAUGGGCGUCAUGGCAUAA